AUGGGCAAACCCAGCUUGGACCUCGUGUCGGUCAACCGCAAGACGGAGAUAUGCCGCAACUGGCAACAGGGCCGCUGCGUUGCUGAAGCUUGGAAGUGCGCCUUCGCCCACGGAACGCACGAGCUGAGGCGCCAGAGUCUCGACCAGAUGGAGUACACGGGCCGGAUCCCCAACGCCUCCAAGUUCCGAUGCUAUCCGUGCCUGACCUGGAUCACCACAGGGGCAUGCCCGUACUUUUCGAGGUGCGUUUUCAUCCACGACCCCCGCAUCCGCGGGCCCACCGCCGCCUACCUCUACAAGCACAACGGUAACAGAUCUCACUCCACCAGGAGCGGGGGCAGCGUCGGAUCUCCCCUGGGGAGAGACAUCUUCUACUGGCCCGACAUGCCUAGGACGGAUGCCGAUGGCAACGAGAUCAUGGACCCGUCUGCAUGGAUGGAUGUGGCACAGCUCAUGAUCGUCGGCGUCUCUUCACUUCCGACGGUAUCGGCCAACUACGACAUGGAUCCCAGCAUGCUCCAUAGCGAGGACGCAACCGAAAGGGCGGUGUACCAGCUGUGGUACACGCUAGUGAGCACCAUCACGGAGAUCAGAGAGCAACAAAACCCGCUCGUAGGGAUGGGCAGUGUUCCUGAAGCAUCCUACGACCGGAACGGUUCGUUCUGCAACGCACCGCCAUCCAGAGGUGUCCGCCAUAUCUGGAGUGAUCUUUGCCAAGUCUGCGAGUCCGCGGACCGGCCCGAGAUAUCUCCGGAGAUCGUCCAGGUGACAGUCCCGGCCACAGUCCCGCGCGCACUCGGAGCGAGGACCGGCGGCGGCGGCAGCAGCAGCGUUCAGCACGCACCGCCAUCCUUCCCUCUGGCGGACAUCGACCCUCGCUCUGCCUUGUCCUUAGAGGCACGGACCCCAGCUAGGGCCAUGAGAAAGGAGCAACCAUCCUGGCGGCUGAACACUGCCACCGGAGCGGAGAACCAGCGGCCGAAGCAGUCGACGGGCCCAGGGGGCGUUCCAGGGUCUCCUUGCCCUAGGCGGUCGACCGCCCCGCCCGCCCUCGGCCGGUCAAGGGACACCACCACAAGCUCGGCGGGAUUCAACACGGCAAGAGGCUUGACCGCGGAGUUCGGCACGAGGACGUCGCUCAACACCCAGGGCAACAACCAGCUCCGCCACGCUUCCGACACCCGCAUGAAGGGAGGCCAGAGAAACGCAUCCUGGGAGGAUGUGGUGCGCUCCGCGCUGUUCGAAGACGACGACGACACCAAAGAAGCCGCAUCGAAGCCGCCGACGCAACGUUCUUUUUCGUCCACGAUCUCCGAAUCACGCGCGCCCGGGUUUCUGCCGUGGUACGACGGCACCUCGCCCUAUGACGACACAGAAGUGCAAUCCUCCGAGCCCCCUUCGUACCCUUCCGGGGGGGGCGUGGAAUCCACCCGCGGGGACUACCUUUCACCCCCCUCUACGGGGACGUCGCCACGGAACCCUUCUCUCGACUUCGGCACGGCCGACGAUUGCUGGUCGGCAUCAUCUCAGCAGACCUCGUUUUCGCCGUGCGGGGCGCCUGGCCACCCGGGUGCCAGUACCGGUGCUUCGAGCUAUCUGUAUGACCCCAGAAACCUUUCCUGCCAGAGCAACGGCGCCGGUUGUGGCGGAGGGAUCAGCAGUGCCGGCGGGGUCAGCCACGCCAGCCAGACCAGGAGGACGACGACGUACCCCUUCGGGUCUUUCGCCGAGGGCAUGUAA